AUGAAGCUCAGUGCUACCGUCGGCAUGGAGCCAAGAAGAAGAAAUUUGAAGUCUACAACGCCGUUUACGCUGACCAUCGCAAUCAAAACCUUCGACUCCAAUACGGGUACGCUCAACAUCAGACACGCUUUACAAGGUCGAAGUGGAAAGGAUUUGUAUGGAGAUGCUAUGGCAGUCAGCUGCGCCCUCGUGCUGUUCUCGACGAUAACCGAACGCUUGGACAACGAUCUUCUAAACUUCGAGCUUCCCAAAUUAUCCACUUUUGCCAGGGCCGUGGAUAUUCCAGCAUUCGCUGCCCAAGAAGCUGAUUCCAAAGAUGAGACGUCACUAACUCUUGAUACUGAGCCUAAGGAUGCCGGUGAUUCCAUCACUCCGCUGCCGUCGCGCAUUCACCGUUAUUCGCAAGGUUCCACCAACCACCAUGGACCCGGAAAAAGCAAUAUAGUUAGAAACUCAAGGGGAGGGGGAAGUUGGAGAGUGAUGUAUUUAUGUGUAUUUUAUUCUGUAUUACUAUCUUUUGUUGUAAUUCGAUCCCUUCGAUCGUUAGUUUCGAGCUCUGUUCCCCAUGAGUUUUUCCCGCUUAUUCUUACGGAAUCUUUUCGGUUGCUCAGCACCGAGUACGUUCUUGUGUAG